CAUAUUGGAACAUACCAAUCCAUAAUCCAUAUAUACAAUAUUUACGGUUCAAUCAAACAAUUCUUACAUAGGUUUCUUUGUCUUAGCAACAUAGGCAAUGUAUUGAAAUCCGUCAAAAUAUUGUUGAAAUUUAUGACCUAAUCUGUACGAUCCUUAAACAUCUCAAUGACAACACCAAAUGCAGUAGAAUAUCAUUGGUAGAAAAAAUGGACUCAAUGGAAGAGGAACAAUGUUUACAACAAUGUGAAAAUUAUAUUCAGAACCAUAACAUUCAAUUAUUAUUAAAAGAAUGCAUUGUUCAACUUUGCUUACAUAAGCCUGAAAAUCCAGUAGUCUUUUUAAGGCAAUAUUUUCAAAAGUUAGAAAGAGAACAAGUAAAAGCUGCUGCUGCGGCAGCAGCAACAUCAGAGGGUGAGGCAGAUGGUGAGUUGUCACCACUACCAGUGCCGGGUGGACAGUUACCGCGCCGCCGUGGUGGCAUCAGUGCUGAGCCCGUUACAGAAGAAGACGCAACAAGCUAUGUUAAAAAGGUAGUGCCAAAGGAUUACAAAACUAUGGGUGCGUUGUCACGAGCAAUUGCAUCCAAUGUUUUAUUUACACACUUGGAUGAAUCAGAGCGUGCGGAUAUGUUUGAUGCUAUGUUUCCAGUGCAAUGUUUGCAAGGUGAAACUGUGAUUCGGCAAGGUGACGAAGGAGACAACUUCUAUAUAAUUGACUCAGGUGAAGUUGAAGUGCUGGUGAACGGCGAGGUGGUGACGACGAUAGGCGAGGGCGGCAGUUUCGGCGAGCUGGCGCUGAUCUACGGCACGCCGCGCGCCGCCACCGUGCGCGCGCGCUCGCCGCUCAAGCUGUGGGGGCUCGACCGCGACUCCUACCGCCGCAUCCUCAUGGGCUCCACCAUCCGCAAGAGGCGCAUGUACGACGAGUUCCUCUCGCGCGUCUCCAUACUGGAGAGUUUAGAGAAGUGGGAGCGUCUCACAGUGGCCGAUGCACUGGAGCCAGUGUCCUUCAACGAAGGUGAAACUAUCGUGCGGCAAGGAGAGCCCGGGAAUGAUUUCUACAUCAUUGUUGAAGGCACGGCGGUGGUGCUGCAGCAGCGCGGCGCCGGCGGGGACGCGGUGGAGGUGGGGCGCCUGGGCCCGUCCGACUACUUCGGCGAGAUCGCGCUGCUGCUGGACCGGCCGCGCGCCGCCACCGUGCGCGCCGCCGGCCCGCUCAAGUGCGUCAAGCUCGACCGCGCCAGAUUCGAACGAGUUCUGGGUCUAUGUGCCGACAUCCUUAAACGAAAUAUUGCACAAUAUAACAGUUUUGUUUCUCUCUCGGUUUAAUAUUCUGUUGUUAGUUAUAGUAUUACUAUGUACACAUACAUAGGUAAUUCAAAUUAUCUACGAGAAAUGUAUUAAAAUGUUAUUUGUGCUAAUAAGAAAUCAUCAAGUUUAUAAAUAAUCCAUAACUAAAAAUAUACGAGAUUAACAUGACUGCUUGUGUUAGUCUAAAAAGUCUUACCCUUCGAAUAACAAUAUGUCUCUCAUUGUUAAGUAUACGAUAAUAAUUGAAUUUUAUUAAUUAAAAUUAUUUUAUAAUAAAAUGUACCAUUGAACACAUA